ACGCGAUGCUGGCGCGAGGGCUGAAGAGGAAGAGCCGGGACCGCGAGGGCGAGGCGGGGGGCGGCCUGGCCUAUGGCCUGCAGCGGCAGUCGCUCCUGGACAUGUCUCUGGUCAAGCUGCAGCUGUGCCACAUGCUGGCGGAGCCCAGCCUGUGCCGCUCCGUGCUCAUCGCCAACACGGUCCGGCAGCUUCGGGAGGAGAUGGCCCAUGACGGCGUGGGGUGGCCAGGGGCACCCCCCAGCUUGGGGCAGACACCCCCUGACCGCCUGCUGUCCACGGACCUCCUGUGUCGCCCUGCACGGGAGGGGCCCGGCCAUGAGCAGGACCUGGCUCCGAGGGGCCUGCCCAGCAGCCUCCAGGAGGUGGACAGCCCUCUGGAAAGCAGAGGAAGCUUCCAGAAGUCGCUGGACCAGAUAUUUGAAACAUUGGGGAGUAAAGGCCCCGGUUCCGUGGGGGACCUGUUCGCAGAUGUGGACGGUGCCUACUACAGCCUGGAUGCCGUGCUGACCGGGGUGGCCGGCGGCCCCACGGGCUCUGGAGAAGAGCUGGAGGCCUUUGCCGCAGUGGCCUCCUCGCCCCCUGGCUGCAGCUGCCCGCCGGACCUGGGGGAGCUGGAGCACGUGGCGGGCGUCCUGGUGGGGGCCUGACCUGCGCGCCAGCGCCCAGCCCUUGCCCAGCUGCCUGCGUCCCUGCCGGCGGUCACGCCGCCCCAUUGGGGCGUGUUGGGGACCCCGCUGUGUGCUGUGUCAGCACCUGUGUGUCCCGCUUGUGUCCUCAGGGGUGUCGGACACUAGCAUGUUGGGAACCCCACUAUGUCUGAGCUUUAUUUUGUAAACGUUUCAUACUCGGAUCUCUGGAUUUUUGAGCUUUUCCCGUGGACGGCCUGCCGCACGGGCUCGUGGCCUUUCCCUCUUCAGCGUGGGUGCCGCCCCAAGA